AUGUUUACAGCUAAUUUUGAAGUAUGUAUGUCUUUGCAGCCUUUAAAAAUGCACUGCAAGAGCUGUGCGUUGGUAACCAGCUCUGGACACCUUCUGGGAAGUAAACAAGGUGACAGAAUCGACGAGACAGAGUGCGUAAUACGAAUGAAUGAUGCACCUACUCGAGGUUAUGGAAAAGAUGUUGGAAACAAAACGAGCCUUCGAGUCAUUGCACACUCCAGUAUUCAGAGGAUUUUGCGAAAUCGCAACGAACUCUUAAAUAUGAGCCACGGUGCUGUGUUUAUCUUCUGGGGUCCUAGCAGCUACAUGAGGAGAGAUGGUAAAGGCUUGGUGUAUAAUAACCUGCAGCUGAUGAAUCAGAUACUGCCUCAAUUAAAAGCAUAUAUGAUUUCUCGCCACAAGAUGCUUCAAUUUGAUGACCUUUUUAAACGGGAAACUGGGAAAGACAGGAAGAUAUCCAACACUUGGCUUAGCACGGGCUGGUUCACAAUGACUAUCGCAUUAGAGCUCUGUGACAGGAUAAAUGUUUAUGGCAUGGUGCCACCGGAUUUCUGCAGGGAUCCUAAUCAUCUUUCAGUACCUUAUCAUUAUUAUGAACCUUUGGGACCUGAUGAAUGCACAAUGUACAUUUCACACGAGCGGGGACGAAAGGGCAGUCACCAUCGUUUCAUCACAGAGAAACGAGUGUUUGAGAACUGGGCACGGACAUUCAAUAUUCACUUUUUCCAACCAGACUGGAAACCAGAACCGCUCACUGUAAAUCACCCUGAGAUUAAACCGGUGGUCUGAGGGAUGAACGCACAGGACCGCAAUCACAGUCACCCACUGCGUCAGCCUUCGGGGUGUUGGGCCUUCUGGGACAGCAAGGCAACCUAGAGGAGAAGGGCAACAGCAUUUGCAGCUGAUAACUGCAGCAACAGUCAGGAAGUUAGGAUGAAGGAGCAGAGCGUAUCAAGAGUACUUUCUGUCGAACUGUGUAUUAAUCAGUAUAUAGCCUCUUCUGGCCAUCUGACUUCCUGUAUGUGUACGUGAUUUGUGAAAAACAACUUGAGUAUCAUUGACGGGAUGGUUAAUUCAUUAUGGUUUUUUAAAGUACAAUGCCACUGAAUUUUCAUAGUGAAAACUUAUGGUAUUUAUUUAAUGGAGGUUUUUAUGCAACCUAGGCUAGUAUUUUUCUAAUUCACAGUUAUGUGGUUGUUUAUCUUUCAUAAUCUUUCAAAUCAAAAAUUAAUAUUGCUGAUGGUUUGAAAGGCCUAGCUUUUUAUUUAUAAAAUUUGUUGGAAAAUAUGAUUCUAUAUAGCAUGUAAUUAAUAUUUGAGCUGGAAAUGUUGCAUUUCUUUUAAAAAUUUUGGGCUCCGUUCCAGCCUGAAGCCUUUAACAGCAAGAACGGUCCCAUGUGCAGAUCUUGCUAACUUUACAUUCUGACAUCCCGUGUUAAUAUGAAAACGGUAGUGAAAAUUCUGUUUGAUAUUAAUGUGCAUUUGCCGCUGUUCUAUCAAGCUGCUGUUUUUUCAUUCGGGGUGGGAGGAAGGAGGGCGAAGUUUAUCCAAAAAAAAUCAGUCUACAGCAGCAUGCUUUCAAUGAAGAAGAGACCAGCUAAGGCUGGAGGGGUUGUGUUCUGUUUUGCCUCUUGUAGUCCUGCAAGAGGCUGAAGGAGCUGCCCCUCCUAAGGCAACAGACCACAAACCAGGCAACAACGGCUUGAAACAACAUGACCAAAUUUCUGAAAUCGAGAAGUUACACUACCGGGUACUACAACACCAGCCAUACUAGCCAGAAAGAUUGCGCCUGCACAAAUCUCUGCCUUCCGCUGUUCCAAGAUCAUCGCUGAUCUCGGAGAUCCUGGAUCCCACUGAAGCUGGGAUGUGAAAAGAGCUCCACGAGUACAAAAUUGUCCCCUUGAAAAGAGCAGAGUUACACUUGGCAGUUUUUUGGUGAAGUACACGUGCAUGGCGAGUCCCUGCAAACCAAGGGGCCGGACAAUGCUAGUGCUGUAUAUGGAGCCUCACAGUGUGAAUUACUGGGUUACAUUUGGCUUGUGAAUAAAGAAGAUUUCAGUUAGAGUAUUAUUUUUCCUUUUGCCUCACAAAUACUAAAUCUCUAA